AUGAAGUUCUCGAUUGACGUAUUGGGCGUGUUCCUCAAAGUAGUGAUAAAGAUCAACAAAGUAACGUUUGCUCCAUUAGUAGUAUCAACUUUAUUCAUUCUCCUGACGUCAUUGUUGGCCCACUGCGCAAGAAGAGCUGUUCAGAAAUUAGUUAAGGAGCCCUUUGUGAAACUUCUCUUUGAAGAGGCUAUUGCAGCAGCGGAACUAUGCGGGUGUUGUUUUGAACUCAUUAUCAUUGCCGACAACUUUGGUGUAGCUACUUAUGCCAUUUACUUGUUCGCGCUCACCAUCUGGUGGUCAUUGAAUUGGGGAGAUGCAACUGCUUGCCCUUAUACUCACAUAGAGGAUGUCAUUGAAGGCAAAGGUGAUAUACGAAAGUCGUUGCUGAAGAUUUGGGCGGAGUUGACUGGUGGUCUACUCGUCUUCAAAUACGUCCAGAUGUACUGGGCUUUGGAAAUAUCGGAAACGCACAAAGAUAAGGCAUUUGAAGACUGCACAGCGGAUUUGCAGGUUCCAGUUAUAUAUGGAGCUAUUGUGGAAGGAGUAGCUACAUGCGUGUGUCGGCUUGCAUCAAGAUCUCUCGGUGAUUUGAAUCCACGAUUCGCAACGGCUAUAGAUUCGUUCAUUGGAACUUCACUUGUUGUUGCUGGGGUCCUCGCUAGGCACGCGGUAUACGUCUACCGCUAUCAAGACAAUAGUGCCAAUUCGGACCUAAGCGUAUCCAUCUUUUGCAAAAUACAUUUAGGAAAAGCAUUUGAUUAUUCCGGUGGUUACUUCAACCCGGUGUUGGCUACCUCGUUGAAAGCUGGAUGCGUCGGUCAUUCACUCCUCGAGCACGCUGUUGUAUACUGGGUGGGAGCGUUCUCUGGCUCAAUCCUUUCCGUUUACCUCUACAAGUUACCAGUGAUUCAGAAUUAUGUCAGAGGCACCACUGUCGUAAAUGGCGACAGCAUAUGGGCAGACAAAGAUGAUUAA